UGUCCCCAGAGCGUAUCGUAAAAUGCUGCUCCCUCGAUUCUGAGGGGAAGGGGGUGAAAAGCUUCAGACCUUACUACAUCAGAAGAAAAAAGGAAAACAACAAGACACCACCCCCAUUUCCUCCCCUUUGUAUGUCACUCGUAACAUUGCAGGGUCGUGCACCUGCAACUGGGACAGCCAUGGAGAAGGGUGGGAACAUUCAGCUGGAGAUUCCUGACUUCAGUAACUCUGUCCUGAGCCACCUGAAUCAGCUACGCAUGCAGGGUCGCCUGUGUGACAUCGUGGUCAACGUGCAGGGGCAAGCUUUCCGCGCUCACAAGGUGGUCCUGGCUGCCAGCUCGCCCUACUUCCGCGACCACAUGUCCUUGAACGAAAUGAGCACCGUUUCCAUUUCUGUCAUCAAGAACCCUUCUGUUUUCGAGCAGCUCCUUUCCUUUUGUUACACCGGUAGGAUAUGCCUGCAGCUGGCUGACAUCAUCAGUUACCUAACGGCCGCCAGUUUCUUGCAGAUGCAGCACAUCAUAGACAAGUGCACGCAGAUUCUUGAGGGAAUCCAUUUCAAAAUUAACGUGGCAGAGGUGGAAGCGGAAUUGAGCCAGACCAGGACAAAGCAUCAGGAGAGACCGCCGGAGUCUCACCGGGUGACGCCAAACCUAAACCGUUCUCUGAGCCCACGUCACAACACCCUGAAGGGCAGUCGCCUGGGCCAGGUCAGCACGGUGCUGGACAUCCGGGAGCUCAGCCCGCCCGAGGAGUCCACCAGCCCCCAGAUCAUCGAGCAGAGUUCGGACGUGGAAAGCAGGGAGCCCAUACUACGGAUUAACCGAGCAGGACAGUGGUACGUCGAGACGGGAAUGGGCGACCGCGGGGGACGGAACGACGACGACGUCCGGGUGCUGGGAGGAGUGCACAUUAAAACGGAGAACCUGGAGGAGUGGCUGGGGGCAGAGCAUCAGCCGUCGGGAGAAGACGGGAGCAGCGCCGAGGAGGUCACUGCUAUGGUGAUCGACACCACGGGCCACGGAUCGAUGGGCCAAGAGGCUUACGCGUUAGGGUCCUCCGGGGCCAAAGUGGUCAGGCCAACCAGCAGUGAGAUUGACAGAUUUAGCCCUUCUGGCAGCAUGGUUGCUGUGACUGAGCGGUACAGAUCAAAAAGCGAGUCUCCCGGGCGGAUGGAUGAGCCCAAGCAGCCCAGUUCCCAGGGGGAGGAAUCGGCCCUGCUCGGAGUGAGCGGUUACGUGGAGUAUCUCCGGGAGCAAGAGGUUUCAGAGCGCUGGUUCCGGUACAACCCCCGGCUCACUUGUAUUUACUGCGCCAAAUCCUUCAACCAGAAGGGCAGCCUGGACCGUCACAUGCGUCUCCACAUGGGCAUCACGCCUUUUGUCUGCCGCAUGUGUGGGAAGAAGUACACCCGCAAGGAUCAGCUGGAGUAUCACAUCCGCAAGCACACGGGCAACAAGCCUUUUCAUUGCCACGUCUGCGGCAAAAGCUUCCCCUUCCAGGCCAUCCUCAACCAGCACUUUCGCAAGAACCACCCCGGCUGUAUGCCUCUGGAGGGGCCUCACAGCAUCUCCCCCGAGACCACCGUCACGUCUCGGGGGCAGGCGGAGGAGGAAUCUCCUCCGCAGGAGGAGGCCGUGGCUGUGGGGGAGACGGCACAGGGAUCUGUGUCCACGACUGGGCCAGAUUGAGGCACGGCUGCAGAGUCUGGGGAGAAAGGACCGUCUUCCCGUUUGCGGCUCUGAAGAGUCAGCACCAACCUGGCAGGCUGGUACUGUAAUUAGUGCAAUGCCACCACUGGACAGAAAGAAGCUCCCGAGAUGUUGCCAAAAUAAGAAAUAUCUUUCUCUCUCUCUCUUCCUCUCACACACCCCCACACACACACACGUAGAGUUUUUCUCCCUUACUCCUCCUCCUCUUGGAGAAAAACAACACAACUGUGUCAAUCAACUUCUUAUUCAGGGAUCAACAGGAUUUUAAAUUUUUUUUAAUGUUCCGUAGUGAUCUGGGACGAGCAGUCCUUUGUAUUUCCGGGCGGCGUUCCGGCCCAGCAGCUAGGUCCCGCCGGCCGCAGCCGCGGCUCCAGCGCGCGGGGAGAGCGGGGUCGAGGGGCCGUUGCCUUCCCCCCUUCCCCAGGUAGCCGACACGUUCAAGAAAACAAAAAGACUGUCCCGGUGGAACCUGCCUUGCCCCGAGUGUAUUUAUCCCUGUCUUAUUUUUGCUGUGUCUCUUUCUACCUUUUUACUUCCACUAUUAUUUUAGGGCUUUUGGCUUGCCCGUUCCAGGCGUGCGGCCUCAAGGCCCCGCGUUCGAAGCGGGCGCCGGCUAGCAGGCGGUGUUCUAGAGGUCAGCGACGUUGGAAGCGCUUCGGCUACCGCG